CAGAUAAACAUGUCUGCACAAUCCCACCCCGGCCAUUGUGUAGUUCCGAAGUCUAUCCAAUUCCUUCAUCCAAAUGGCCGCGAAAAUUAACCAAUAACCUCUGAUCUGCACAAUCGACUAUGGCUUCAUCUUCUUCGCCUAUAAUUCAACCCCUCUUCUCCAACAGCAACAACAGCCGCACUUCGUCUCUCAAUGCCUCCACCUCCACCUCUUACUUCUCAUUUCCAUCUUCUGUCAGGAAUUUCUUCAACAAAAAGAAGUUCGCCACCACUAUCACAGCCAUGGCACAACCACAAAGGAGCGCAAUGCAGUAUAAUCAAGUUGGGGAUUCCAAUCUUGUAGUCAGCGAAAUUACUUUUGGCACGAUGACAUUUGGGGAACAGAACACCGAGAAGGAGGCUCAUGAAAUGCUCUCCUAUGCAGUGGAACAUGGGAUUAAUACUCUAGACACAGCAGAAAUGUAUCCAAUUCCAAUGAAGAAGGAGACACAAGGACUAACAGAUGUUUAUAUUGGAAACUGGCUGAAAUCUCGACCUCGUGAUCAGAUUAUAUUAGCCACUAAAGUGUCUGGAUACUCAGAUAGAUUAAGUUACAUAAGAGACAACGCAGAAAUUCUAAGGGUUGAUGCUGUAAAUAUUAAAGAAAGUGUGGAGAAAAGCUUGAAACGUUUGAAUACUGAUUACAUUGACUUAUUACAAAUUCAUUGGCCAGAUCGCUAUGUGGGAUUGUUUGGAGAGUUCUUUUAUGAUCCUUCCAAAUGGAGGGAAAGUGUGUCAUUUGUUGAACAACUCAGAGCCUUUCAAGAACUCAUUAAUGAAGGAAAGGUGAGGUACAUUGGUGUUUCAAAUGAAACUUCAUAUGGAGUAAUGGAAUUCAUUAAUGCUGCAAAAGCUGAAGGGCUUCCAAAGAUUGUUAGCAUUCAAAACAGUUAUAGUUUGUUAGUAAGAUGCAAGUUUGAAGUUGAUCUUGUUGAAGUAUGUCAUCCAUAUAACUGCAAUGUUGGUUUACUUUGUUAUUCUCCAUUGGCUGGUGGAGCUUUAACUGGAAAGUAUUUGGAUUCUGAAUCUGAAGCUUCUAAAAAAGGAAGGCUUCAGCUUUUCCCUGGAUACAUGGAAAGAUACAAUAAAUCCAUUUCCAAGGAAGCUACGACACAAUACAUUGAAAUGGCAAAGAAACACGGUUUAAGUCCGGUUGAGCUGGCACUUGGAUUUGUGAGAGACCGUCCAUUCAUGACAAGCACAAUCAUCGGUGCAACAUCCGUUGAACAAUUAAAAGAAGAUAUUGAUGCUUUUUUAACAACCCAAAGACCUUUAUCACCCGAUGUCAUGACAGAUAUCGAAACUAUCUUUAAGAGAUACAAAGAUCCUACAACUUUUUAGACUUCAAGGCUUCAUUUUUUGUCACCUUUUCGGAUUAAUUGUUGAGAUUUUGUUGCGAUAUAGGUUUGUAAAUCCGUUGUAUAAGUACAAAAGUGAUAAACCAAAAUUGUCAUUUAAGCUAAUCUCAAAAUUAGUCUUUGUACUUUUAAAUGUUUGGAGAAUCUACCCGGUUAUAUAGUUCUAUACUUUUUUUUUGGUUUCUUGUGUAACAAAAUACAGCAACUAGACUUGUUUUUAUUAUUGUUAUGUUUUAGUUUCAUUUUAUUUUUUAUGUAAUAUUUUUAUAUACUUUGAAUUAAUAAAAUAUUUCCUUUUUUCUUAUUUAUCCUAUUAAUAUAACUAGAUUAUCAUUGUUAUAUAUUCA